AUGGCUUCUCUUCCCACCGCCGGUACUGCCACCGUCUACUCUCCCUUUUUCUUCAACACCCCAUCCACCUUCUCACUCUCACCCUGCCAAUUUUUCCCCAAGACACCACGAUUUCUCUCACAUGAAAAGCCAAAACGUCGCACAGUAGUAUCAUGUAAAGCCAUCGGUGGGGACCAAAACCCCACCACUAACCCUCAAAACGGAGAAACUUCUCCGGGAAAGUUUGACCGGAGAAAUGUGCUUCUUGGGUUAGGGGGUCUCUACAGUGCCUCCAACCUUGUCAUUCCACCGUUAACAUUUGCAAAUCCGGUAUCCGUGCCGGAUCUAUCAAGCUGCAGCGACGCAAGCUUACCCGCCGGUGUUACUCCGACGAACUGUUGCCCCCCGUCGGCAACCAAAGUGAUUGAUUUCGAGCUUCCUUCCUCGCCUGUGAUGCGAACUAGACCGGCGGCUCAUUUGGUAGACAAAGAGUACAUUGCCAAGUACUCCAAAGCCAUUGAACUCAUGAAAGCCCUUCCUGAAGAUGACCCACGUAAUUUCAUGCAACAAGCUAAUGUCCAUUGUGCUUACUGUGACAGUGCUUAUGAACAAGAAGGCUUUCCAGAAGAGAAAGUUGAUGUCCAUUUCUCAUGGAUUUUCUUUCCCUUCCAUCGAUUCUACCUCUAUUUCUUCGAGAAAAUAUUGGGAAAAUUAAUCAAUGACCCAACUUUUGCUCUGCCAUUUUGGAACUAUGACAGUCCUGAUGGUAUGACAAUACCCACCAUGUUUACUGAUACUAACUCUUCUCUCUAUGACCCUCUUCGUGACGCCUUACACCAGCCGCCGACGAUUAUGGAUCUGAAUUACUUCGGCCCCUCCACCGAGACUACUCAAAAUGAUCAGCAACAGAUUUCCUACAACCUCACGACGAUGUAUAAGCAAAUGGUUUCGUGCAGCAAGAAUGCUGAACUUUUCUUUGGACAAGCUUACCGUGCCGGCGACGAUCAGCCUAACGGUGCCGGAGCUAUCGAGAACAUACCUCACACUCCGGUACACAUAUGGACUGGAGAUAGAAACCAGCCUAACGGAGAGAAUAUGGGUAGAUUCUACUCAGCAGGGAGAGACCCAAUUUUCUAUUGUCACCAUGCAAAUGUUGAUCGGUUGUGGAACAUAUGGAAAACCCUAGGAGGAAAACGUCGAGACCCGACAGAUAAAGAUUGGUUGAAUGCUUCAUUCGUGUUCUACAAUGAGAAUGCUCAGUUGGUACGUGUGAAAAUCAAAGACUCUGUGGACACCACGAAGCUCGGAUACACGUAUCAAGAUGUGCCAAUUCAAUGGCAGAAAGCUAAGCCAACGCCGAGGAAUACAAAAGUUGCCGGAAAGUUAAGCAAGGCAGGAGUGGCCAUUGCUCCUGAAAUUCCUCCGGCGAGUGAGGUUUUCCCGACGGUGUUGGACAGAGUGGUGAAAGCCAUGGUGAAAAGGCCGAAGAAGAAGAGGAGUAAGAAAGACAAAGAAGAAGAAGAGGAAGUGUUGGUGGUGGAUGGGAUAGAAUUGGAGAAAGAUGUGUAUUCAAAGUUUGAUGUUUUCAUAAACGAUGACGAGGAGAGCGAGUGUAGUCCGGACAAGACUGAGUUCGCCGGAAGUUUCGCUCACAUUCCGAUGAAACUUGCCCCGGGGAAGAAGAGAAAUCUUAGCCUGAGGUUUGGGAUAACUGAGCUGUUGGAGGAUUUGGGAGUAGAGGAUGAUGACAGUUUGCUGGUGACUUUGUUACCAAAAGCUGCCACUGGUCUUGUCACCAUUGGUGGUGUUAAGAUUGAGUUCAGUGCCUGA